AUGGAGAAGAUCAUUAAGAAGGCCUUGAUGCAGUUUCUCGAGCAGCACCACCUCUUCUCGGAUGCACAACACGGCUUUCGAAGUGAUAGGUCCUGCCUCACGAAUCUGCUCUUUACGCUCGAACGCUGGACCAAAGCACGUGAUGAAGGCAAUGUGGUGCACGCCAUCUACAUCGACUUCGAAAAGGCUUUCGACAGCGUUCCUCACCAACGUCUCUUAUACAAACUACGUAACGCUGGAAUUCGUGGACGCCUUCUUGUAUGGAUCCAGAGAUUUUUGGCUGGACGGUCCCAAAGAGUGCAGGUCGGGCGUCAACAGUCCUCAGAGGUAAGCGUGGUGAGUGGCGUCCCACAGGACUCAGUCUUAGGUCCCACGUUAUUCCUCGUUUUCAUACAUGACUGCGUCAAGGACUUAGACUGUGAUGCCAUCCUGUUUGCCGACGACAUAAAAUUGUGGAAAGUUAUUCACAAUGCGGCAGACGCAGACCACCUGCAAGCAAACUUGAACAGGUUCGAAGACUGGUCGAAGCGCUGGCUUAUGCCCUUCAAUAUAAGCAAGUGCAACUUUCUUCAACUAGGCAGCUUCAGAGCCUCCAGUCCCAGGACCUACUUUCUACACGGCACACCACUGCAACAGGUUGACAGUCAGAAGGACUUGGGUGUAUGGAUUACAUCUUCACUCAAACCAACACUGCACUGCGCGAAGGCGGCUAAAUCGGCUAUGGCUUCACUGCAACUCAUUAAGCGAGCAUUUAUGGUAUUUGACCCUGACUGUUUUUCCAAAAUAUUUGGCACCUUCGUGCGACCUCAUCUAGAAUACGCCAUACAGGCGUGGAGACCUUGGACUGUCAAGGACUAUACCGUUUUGUAG